AUGGGCAAAUCUAAAGAGGUAGGGGGUAUGGGCUUCCGUGAUUUGGAAUGUUUCAACACAGCUUUGCUUGCCAAGCAAGGGUGGUGUCUUGUUAAAAAUCCAGAUUCUCUAGUUGCCCAGAUAUUGAAAGAGAAAUACUACCCUAAUGGAAAUUUUCUAGAAACUCCUUUGAGCAAAAGAGCUUUGUAUGUGUGGCGGAGUAUAUGGAAUGCAAAACACUUGUUAAAAGAAGGGUUGAUGUGGAGAGUGGGGAAUGAGAGGAAUAUUAAAAUUUGGGGUCGUAAAUGGUUGCCAUCCCCGACGACAUAUGCUAUCCAAACUCCGGUUCGAGAGCUUGAUUCUGAAGCCAAGAUUAGUGAGUUAAUUGAUCAAGAUACACAAUGGUGGAAUAUCCCUCUUGUUCGGGAAAUUUUUAAGGAGGAGGAGGUUGGAAUGAUAUGCGCUCGGGAUGUUUGGCUAGAAUGCAAUGCAAAAAUCCAGAAGAGCACUAGUGAUGAGGAUGACUUUGGCCAUAUACUUAUGAAACUUCUUGACAGGUUGGAGGAUUCGGAUUUUGACCAGGUUGCUUGUAUUGCUAGGCAAGUCUGGUUGCGAAGGAACAAGCUGGUUUUUUAG